ACAACAGCAGCAGCAGCAGCAGCAGCAUCGCAGGAGCUGGCAGCACCAUGAAGGGGAAGAAAACCUCCUCCAGGAGGGGAGCAGCCGACAAGCGGAGCAACACCAGCUGAACCAGUCAGGAGGAGGAGGAGGAGCGGAUGGAUGCCAGCCUGGGAUCAGACAGCAACAGCAGCAACAACAACCCUCCUCCGACUGGGACCAGCUCCCAGUUUAAUCAUUAUUAUGGGAAUGGAAGAGGAGGGCCUUGCUUUGAUCAACAUGGCGGACAACAAAGCCCAGGGACUGGGGUAACAGCGGCGGCACACACGGUACACGGCACCAUGGACCAGGUCCACAACUCCCACGAAGGCUACAGCAACAACAGCCCGUACAACCACUAUCCGAACUACCGAGCGGGCUACGGGAGCGGCGGCUACGGGGGCAUGAUGAGCCCCUCACGGCAGGGGAACAGCCUGAUGGGCCCGGCGGCCGCUAACCCGGCCAAAGCGGCUAUGGUGGCCGCCAGUUCUCCGGCUGGAGGAGGCGGAGGAGGAUUCCAGCGGUUUCCCGGACAGGGUCAGCAGCACCCUUCGGGGGCUACGCCGACUUUGAACCAGUUAUUAACGUCUCCGAGCCCGAUGAUGCGCGGCUACGGAGGCGGAUAUUCAGAUUACAGUAAUCCCGCUGUACAGCAGCACCAGUCGGGUGUGGGGCCGGCGGAAGACACGGGCUCUCAGUACGGAUCAGCAGCAGCGCAUGGUUGGGGAGGACAACAGAGGAGUCACCCGGGUCACAACGGACCGAGCAGCGGAAGAUCUCAGGUGGCGCCGAUGGACCCGAUGGCGAUGAAGCGCUCUCAGCUCUAUGGGAUGAGCAACAGCCCGUACUCCCAGCAGCAGGGGGCGCCGUACCCUGGACAACCCUACAGCUCCCCCCACAGAUACCCCAUGGGAAUGUCUGGCAGGGGGCAGAUGGUAAUGGGAGGGAUGCAGUACCCUCAGCAGCAGAUGAGCUCCCAGUACGGCCAGCAGCAGCAACAGAACCUGAGCUUCAGCCAGCCCGGCCAGCCGCCGUACUUCAGCCCCCCCCAGCAGCAGCCGGCCGCCCCCAGCCAGCCGCCGUACAUGCAGCCCUGCCCGCUGCCGCCCCAGGAUCUCUCCCGCUCCAUCGAUGACCUGCUGACCGGCACCGAGGCGGCGGUGAGUUCAGGGGCCUCCGGUUCCGGCAGCACUCAGGGCGACCAGGGGACUCCGGGGGCCCGCUCUCCUUUCUCCCCCCACGUUUCGCCGCGCCUCCCCCCUCCGGCCCGAACGGGUCCCUCUCCGUCCCCGUCGCUGUCCCCUGCUGGGUCCCGCUCGGGGCCCCUGUCUCCCACCAGUGGUCCAGGCCCCCAGGCGGGCCCCCAGGUGUCUGGAUCAGACAUCGGCCCCCACUCCUCCCAGUCGGCCAUGACUCCAGACCGAGGUUUCCCUCCCUCCAUGCAGCGCAGCAACCAGGGGCCACAUUUCGGCCCCAUGUCCCCCCACCCAGCACCGGCUGGCCCCGGGCUCCACGGCUCCUACCAGCAGGGCAGCCACUCCUACGGCCCCCCAGGUACCUACCCUCGGCCCCCUCACUACGGCGGGACCCCUGCAGCUGGCUACAGUGGCCCCGGCUCGGGCCCCAGCCUGGCUAACAGCAUGGGGCUGAACACCGCUGGCCCCAUGCACGGGCAGGGCCCCUCCACCCCGUCGGGCCGAGGCCCCGGGCCCGGAGCUGGGGGCCGCCCCUACACAACUGGACCCGGCACCGCGGCCCCCACCUCUCCCAACAUGCCGCAGGCUACCGGCCAGGGCAUGAGGCCCCCAGGGGCCACCGCCAGCUGCAAGCCGCCAGACAUGGGCCCCAACUCUGGACCGAGCACCAACGCCUCCCUCAGCGCUCACAGCAGGCAGAGCAGCUUCUCAGCUAUGACAGCGAUGAGAGGUUCUGGAGGUUCUGGAGGUUCUGGAGGUCCGUUCAGCAGCUCAGGCAGGAUGACUCCUCAGGGCCCGCCCUACACCGCUCCAGGAUUAGGGAUGAUGGCGGCAGACGGGACAGGAAGUCAUGACCUGAAGCAGCGGGUUGAGCUCCGAGACGCCGUCGGUUCUGCUGCUGAUCCAACCAAAAUGAAGCAGGACAGCUACGGCUCGCAGUGUGUGGUGCCGCCCCCCAGCGCCCCCUGCCCGAUGUCCCCCAGCCCGGCCAGCGUGUCGUCCUGUGUGGGGGAAGACAGCGACAGCAUCGGCAGCCCCGCCUGGCUCAGGACCCCGUCCAGCCCACAGAAGCCCAACGUGGCGACCAUGACCAACGAGAAGAUCACCAAGCUGUACGAGAUGGGCAGCGAGCCGGAGCGCCGCCUGUGGGUCGACCGCUACCUGUCCUUCAUGGAGGACAGGGAGACGCCCGUCGCCACCCUGCCGGCCGUCGGCAGGAAGCCGCUGGACCUGUGCCGGCUCUACCUGGCGGUGCGAGCCAUCGGCGGCCUGGCCAUGGUGAACAAAAACAAGAAGUGGCGGGAGCUGUCGUCGCUGCUGAGCGUCGGGACGUCCAGCAGCUCGGCCAGCUCCCUGAAGAAGCAGUACAUCCAGUACCUGUUCGCCUACGAGUGCAAGAUGGAGCGAGGGGAGGAGCCUCCGCCUGACGCUGGCGCCGGGGACGCCAAGAAGCCCCUGCAGGUCAAGGGUCAACCGCCUUCUCCUGCGAAUUCGGGCUCGUUUCAGGGCCCCAACACGCCCCAGUCCAGCAGCUCCUCCCUCACCGACGCUCCGGUGGACCCGAAGCCCCCGACCCGCUCGUCCACCCCGCACAACCAGAUGGCUGCCCAGCCUGGAAACAGGACCAUGGGAGGCGUGAGCGUCCAGGACCCGUUCUCUGAAGGCAGCGACCCGGCCUUCCACAGCAAGCGGGUCCCGGGGCCCGGCGGGGGCCCCUACCAGCAGGGGGCGGCUCCAACAGAACCCGCAAUGAGAAUGCAAUACGACGCCAGCAAAGACCCGUAUGGAGCCCCGAGGAAGGGUCCGGUUCCCGGCGAGGCCUUCGGUCAGAGCCAGAUGCCCAGCGGUGCGAUGCAGGACAUGUUCCCCCGCGGACCCUCCUCCGGCCCCCUAUCAGGGAUGGGGCCCAGGCCGCAGUACCCCUACGGCCCCGGCUACGAGAGCAGAUUGGACAAUGUGAUGGGCCCAGAGGGAAGCAUGGCGCCCCCUGGCGCCCAGAACAGCAUGGGCCCGUCUGCCAAUGAAGCCAGCAUGUAUCCCCCCAACAGAUUCCCCCAGCAGAGGCACGGACACGAUGGAUUUGGUCAGCAGUAUCCUCACAGUAUGGCCUACAGUUCCCAUCAGCCCCUUUACCCCCAGCAGCAGGGCUACAAGCGUCCGAUGGAGGCCAUGUUCCCGGCUGCGAAGCGUCAUGAGGGCGAGGCGUUUGCCGUGCAGCAGUUUGGCUCCCAGCAGCCGGACCCUUUCGGCCCCUACGGAUCCGGACCUGGGGGGUUUUCAGGACCUGAGCGCCGGCCCGUCCCCGGGCAGUACCAGUACCCAUACGGCCGCGACCGACAGGCCCCCCCACAGCACGGCAUGAUGGGAUCGGCCCCUGCGGCGGCGACAGAUGGGGGGCCGCAGCCCAGCUUGUGGCCCCCCAGGACAGAGAUGGGGAUCUUGUACAGCCGGCAGGGCCAGGGGCCCCCCUUCCCAGACCAGGAGGGCCGGCCCCCACACGACACCCAGUGGGCCCCCAGUCACCUGAACCAGUGCCAACCUCCCUUCCCCUCCCACUCUUCUUCCUCCUCCUCUUCCUCCAUGCCCCCUCUCCCCUCCAGGCAGCCCCCCUCCUCUUUCCAGGCCACGCCCACCAUCCCAAAACACGUGACCCGCCCCCAGAGCCCCUCGUCAUUCCCCCGUCCUCCGGUGGGCUCCCUGUCCCCCAACGGCGCCCCCUACCUGCCUGUUAAGAAACCAGGUGUCCCCACCGUUCCCCCGGCCAAUCAGGGCCUCCCCCUCGUUUACAGAGAGGUCGUUUUCCCACCCGGCUCUGUGGAGGCCACACCCCCCAAGCUGAAACCACGGCGACGGCUAACGGCGAAGGACACAGGAACGCCGGAGGCCUGGCGGGUGAUGAUGUCACUGAAGUCGGGGCUCCUGGCGGAGAGCACCUGGGCGCUGGACACCCUCAACAUCCUGCUGUACGACGACAGCACAGUGGGCUCGUUCAGCCUGACGCUGCUGCCCGGGUUCCUGGAGCUCAUCGUGGAGUUUUAUCGCCGCUGCCUCAUCCAGAUGUUCGGCAUCCUGCAGGAGUACGAGGUCGGGGCCGAGGGCCCGAAGAUGACCCCCGAGGAGCCGGGGGAGGCGCCGUCGCCGCUCGACACGGAGGACGCCAAACCUGAGGAUUCCCCUCAGCAGAGCAGCAAGUAUGACAAGCGGCCAGUCAGGGUGGAGGAGGCCGGGCAGAGCUGGGAGGAGGUGGAGCGCCGGGCCGACCCGAGCCGACCCAACGGCUUCAUCAGCGGCCUGCUGCACUGGAAGGCCGGAGGAGGAGACUCCACGGCUCACAUCCAGACGCACUUUGAGCCCCGAACCGGAGACUUCAGCCCCCCAGACCUGGAGCAGGAGGAGCAGCGAACCCAGGAGGAGGAGCAGAUGGGUCAGCAAGGAGGCUCUCCAUCUGAGGUCAGAGGUCAGCACCCGGCCCCUGCGGAGGCUCAGAAUCCCAUCAGCCUCCAGGAGGACGAGCCGCGCUGCUGGGACGAGGCGCCGCUGUCCACCGCCGAGUCGUGGCAGGACUCCCUGGCCAGACGCUGCAUCUGCGUCUCCAACAUCAUCCGCAACCUCUCCUUCGUUCCCGGCAACGACGCCGUCCUGUCGCGCCACCCAGGCCUGGUUCUGAUCCUGGGCCGGCUGGUUCUGCUGCACCACAGCCACCCGCGCAGGAAGCGGGCGCCGCCCACCUACCAACGGGAGGAGGAAGCGGGCCGGGCCUGCAGCCGCGACGAGUGGUGGUGGGACUGCCUGGCGGCGCUGCGAGAGAACACGCUGGUGACGCUGGCCAACGUGUCGGGCCAGCUGGACCUGUCGCAGUACCCCGAGAACAUCGUCCUGCCGGUGCUGGACGGGCUGCUGCACUGGAUGGUCUGUCCGUCCGCCGAGGCGCAGGACCCGUUCUGCGGGGCCAGUGGCGCCGCGGCGCUGUCGCCUCAGCGGCUCGUCCUGGAGUGCCUCUGCAAGCUGAGCGUCCAGGACUGCAACGUGGACCUGCUGCUGGCCACGCCCCCCUUCAGCCGCCAGCAGCAGCUCUUCGCCACGCUGGUGCGCCUGGUGGGCGAGCGCCGCAGCCAGGUGUGCCGGGAGAUGGCGGUGGCCGUGCUCUCCAACCUGGCGCGUGGCGAAGCCACGGCGGCUCGGGCCGUCGCCCUGCAGAAGGGCAGCGUGGGAACUCUGAUCGGCUUCCUGGAGGACAGCCUGGCCGUGGCGCAGUACCAGCAGAACCCGCACGCCGCCGCCGCCAUGGCGCCAGAGCCGCCCAGCAUCAACAUGAUGUGCCGCGCGGCAAAGGCGCUGCUGGCCGUGGCGAGCGUGGAGGAGAAUCGGCCGGAGUUCGUCCUGUACGAGAGCCGGCUGCUGGACAUCUCGCUGUCGUCGGCCCUCAACUCGGCGGUGGCGGCCAUCAUGUGCGAAGUGCUGUUCAAGCUGAGCCGCUCGUGACACACAGACCGCCAUGGAGCGUGCUCAGUGGGACCGACCGGGUCCGAUUCUAUUUUUAUUUAAAGAGACAGAAAGAAGUUUUUACGUAGAAAUGAAAAUAUAUAGAAUAUAUAAAGCUCCUCGGUUCCAUCCACAGAUGUUUAUUUGGGGUUUUUAAAUAAUUUUAAUACAAAAAAAUAUUUAAUACUUUUUAAUUUUCUAAAAAUUUUCAGUUUUUUGUUUUGUUUGAACCAAAGUGUUUUGACGGAUGGCGACGGGGAUGGAAUGCUCUUAAUUUUUUUUAAACAAGCGUGCUCAUUUCUUUCCGUUUGCAGGGCUGCUCCGUGUGGGCGGGGCUUGCUGUUUGUGGGCGGGGUCAGGGUUGUAGAUAAACAUCCUUUUUUUAACGUGUUAUGACGGAGGAAACACUGAUGUUCAGUCGUGUUCUUUGUUCUGGUGCAAUAAGUUUGUUUUGACGUUUUUUGUUUUUUUUUUAAAUGUGAAUUUUUGAACCAUCCGCAGUUCAAACGCCGCUUCGCCUCCGCGGAAUGAGGCGAUGUGGGCGGAGCUGCAUCCCAUUCUGUUCCCACCAACAUCCUCCUGUAAAUAUGUACAUUGCAGCUCCAGCAGAGGGCGCCGGUCACAUCGGCUGACAGAUUCAGGAUGUGUCCAAGGGAGGCGGGUGCGUUUGAUUUGACGGACUGCGUGUACAGGCUGUGGGGGCGGGGUUUCACCGACGCCGCUUCAGAAACAGUUGUAAACAAAUGUAAAGAGAGAAAAAUGACUUUGUUUCUUCAGUAUGAGAUCUUUAUAUGUUCCACAACAUGUUAAAGAAUAAAUGUACAUGAACUCUGGUUGAGCACUGUGAACAGAG